UUUCGAUCCUAUUCUUGGGGCAUCCUUUCUGCUGUGUAGUAAUUUUCAACUCUGUAUUUCUCAGAGUAACUAACGCUAAAAGAUUACAUAUAUCAUGCUGUUACAAUCAUUACGUGUUCUUCAAUUAACGGAAACUCUAGAGCCCGUAAGCAAUCAGAGGUCUCCCCAAAGGACGUAGUUAAUAUCACACAAUCUACUUCUACGAAAGAUGAAAAAAAACUCCUCUCCUGACCUAUCUAGCUGCCGGUAUCACUAGGCAACAACAGUACCUAGAAGUGAAGGGAAUCCAAUAUGCUGAUGUCAUCAUCAAAAUGACAUCACACCGAAUAAAUAAGUCAAAAUCAUUAUUUUGAUCCGUAUCUGAUAGAACGCUCGAGCUAUUCGGAUUCUGAAGAGUUUUUAUGUCAAAAUAGACGACGUAAUAUCCCCACCAGACAAAUGGAAGCAGGAGUGCCUCAAGGUUCAGUUCUAAGCCCAAAAUCAACAACAUCUGCAUAUGCAACGCCCCAAAAAGGUCAAGGAAUAUGCUAGCUCUAUACGCAGAUGAUAGAUGUCAUUUACAGAAUAGUGAUCGCAGCACUAGAUGAUUUAUAUAUUACAGACGAAUGUUUCAUUAAGUGAAAGAUUCAAAUGAAAUGACUAAACCUGCAUAGUCAACUGUGCGAUUGUAUUUUUCUUCCUGUUAAUUUCUAGCUGUUUGCGGAACCAAUUAUCAAAUAUAUUGGGACUGUAUGCAAAUAAAAAAACAAACAAAAAACAAAUAAUAAUUCAAACUCUAUGGAUGGCAAUCAAUGGCAUUCAAUGUAUGAAAUUAGUAUACUAAGCCCUACCUCAUUCAGAGUAUGGAACGUACUACGCUGAUUGGUCGAAACCGCGAGUAUAUAUAUAUGUAUACGAGGACAUUUUCGAGGAAUUAUCAAAGCCCAACAAUCGUUUUACUCUCCCAUAUUCCCGUAUUAUAUUAUAAUGUCUGGUCGCGGUAAAGGUGGAAAAGUUAAGGGUAAGGCAAAGUCUCGUUCCAACCGAGCUGGAUUACAAUUUCCAGUUGGUCGUAUUCAUCGUUUAUUACGCAAAGGAAAUUAUGCUGAACGAGUUGGAGCUGGAGCACCCGUCUAUCUAGCCGCUGUUAUGGAAUAUCUAGCCGCCGAAGUUUUGGAAUUGGCCGGUAACGCAGCACGUGACAACAAGAAAACCAGAAUUAUUCCCAGACAUCUUCAGCUGGCAAUCAGAAACGACGAAGAGUUGAACAAAUUGCUAUCGGGAGUAACUAUCGCUCAAGGUGGUGUUUUACCGAAUAUCCAAGCCGUCCUCUUGCCAAAGAAGACAGAAAAGAAAUCAUAAAUACAAUCUGUAUGUGAAACGGCCCUUUUCAGGGCCACAAUAUUUCCUCAUUGAAAAGAUUUUUUUAUCAUCUGAUCACUUUGGGUAUAAUAAAAUUGCGACAAUUUCACGGUCCUACUGACAUUCGUAAGUAGGGUAAAUGCUCUGAUUUUCGACCAAAUUAACAAAAACAUCGA